UGCCUCAGUGGCUGGAUGUGCUUUUUUCGCGCGCGAUUUUCACCCAAUUUUCCACUCAAAAGCACAUUCUAAUUGAAACUACUCUAAUCGCAUCAUUAUCAAAUACUAUAAAAGAGCUUUUGUAACAGCUUACAACCAAAAAAGAAAGCUCUACGAAAAUUGAGACUUGCAGCUAGUAAAUUUUUAUCAUUUCUGCAAUCUUGCAAUAAAUCGUUGGUCCUUUUUUUUUACAACUUCCUAAUAUUUUUCUGUGUUGCAUGAGUGUUCUGUUGCUGUGCUAUGUGUCCUGACGAGUUCCAAUUAACAUGAAAAAAAUGUCGUGAAAAAAAACCAAGUGUCGUUCCAGGUGGGUCAUUAGUUAGUCUGAAGUGGAACAAGGAACAAUUACUUAUACCACUUUUUCUCCCUUCCUACCGCCUUGAGAAGAAAUGUGCCCGUGGUUAUGACUUAUGAGAUUGUCGGUGUGCAAAGUAAUGAGAGUAAAAGUGUUCGCAAAGUUGUUGUCCAGUGCAACGAGCGAGAUUUUCUGGUGCUGCAGAAGCAUGAGGCAACUGGAGGACAGGUGCAACGCGUAAAUUGGACAUUUCCUUCUGGCAAUCACAAUUAUCAUCACUAUCUCCGACAUGAUGGGGAUUUCCCGGCGCUAGAUUGCAAUGAGACGAAUAUCGCGGAAAAUGCUCUCUUGCCACAUGACUCAUCAACACGGACCUUGACUAUAGCCAGGGACCACAAUCGCUUGGCCAGGGCAGAGCCAAGGGCUACCAGAGGGUUUGGGGGUAUGGAGACAAAUCACCAGUCGCACCAAAUGCAGCAUCGAACGGGAACAGGCAAUUCAUCUUCGGGCUUCCACAUGAGCCUCUAUGGAUGGCGAAAGAAAUGCCUUUACACGCUAAUACUAGGUUUAAUGUUACUCAUUGUCGUCAAUUUAGCACUUACACUGUGGAUCCUCAAAGUCAUGGAAUUUUCUUCGGAAGGCAUGGGCCAGUUAAAAGUAGUCGCUGGAGGACUACAACUAUCCGGUCAGGCGUUGGUGCUUGAUCUCUUGCGUGCUUCCACAAUUCGAUCACGUCACGCCCAACCGAUUUCCAUUGAAUCAUCGCGGAACUUCUCAAUAAAUACCCGUGAUUCUGAGGGCUUCAUUGAGAAUCAACUGUUCCUCGGACACGAUCGCGUUGAGUGUCUGGCCAGCGGUUUCCGAAUCACAGACACUCACGGUGGCAAUCUCUUUGCCGUGAACAGGGAUGAAGUGGCAAUUGGGGCGAAUGUCCUGAAAAUCGACGGGGAGGGUGGAGCGAUUUUCCAUGAGUCAAUUCAAACGCCCCUCGUGAGGGCAGAUGCUGGGAGAGAACUAAAGCUGGAGUCCCCAACGAGAUCUCUGGAACUCAAAGCGUCUCAGGCGAUUUUAAUUCAGUCCCGAGCUGGAAGUUUGGAUGCAACGUGUCUGAAUGACUUGAAAUUGAAUUCAGAAACUGGAAGUAUUCGUCUCGAUUCGGCCAAUAUCCUGAUGCCCAAUCUCAAAACUGCCCAACCACCCACCAGUCAGGCCAACAUGCCAUCCACCCUCCUCGGUGGACGGCCAGAGCAUCAGAUGCACAACAAGGUGUACCAACUGUGUGCCUGUGCCAGUGGUAAACUCUUCCUGGCCGCACCUCAUAGUGUCUGUGCCGGGGAUGAGUCCACCGUCUGCAGAUGAUUCUGUUUUUCAUGUCUCCAGGCACCGUACUCCCCAGCAUUUUUCAUACCACUCACCACCUUUAGCAUGUAGACAAGAUAUCGAAAGCGCCGAUGGACUAUGUAUGUCUCACUUUUUGUGGUUUUUUUUGGGUUCUUUCCUCUGAAUUUUCCUCAAAAAUCAACACACUGAACUUUCAUUAAUACACAAGGGGUUUGUCAAUUUAAAAUUUUUGGUUAUUGACUUAAAAAUAGCACAAUUUGGAAAAUAGGGUAGUUUGAAUACAAAUUGGA